UAGCUGCAAAAAAGGGGCUAAAAUGUAGGCAAUAUUAUAUACGGACACAAACAAUUUUUUCCUGCGAAGAUCCAUUCGUCAAUAAAUUGUUCUUAUCGGACAAGAAUAUAAUUUCUUAUUAUCAAGAAUACCCGUUGAUAUUAAACUAACGUUUAAUGUCUAUGAGAAUACCAUUGAUAUCAAUAUCGCAAUAAGCUCUACAGUUAAAUCAUAGAAUAAAUGAAAUUCAUAAUAUAAUUUAUCUAGUCUGUGGUUAAAUUACAAAAAUUAUGCGAUUUCAAUAUUUUGGUACUCGAAAAUUGAAUAUCUAUAAAUUCUUCGGUUUCUAAUGAUUAAUUAUUAUUAUUUCUUAUUCGGCUCAUAGAAUAGGAUAACUUUAUUUAAUCUUACAGCUACAUCAUUUUUCGUGAUAUCAAUAAUUUUAUUUUAUGUGUCUUACACUAAUUCAUUAAAUUAAAAUUUAUAAUCUGUACUUUGUAACAAUUUUAAUCGAAAAUAAAGAUGGUUUCCGUUAAAGAAGAGUUAAUAGCAAAGAUCAUACAACAUGAAAUGUAUAAACAUAAAGAAAAUAGAAAAAAAAAAGAUGUUGCUACUAUACCUACACCGUUAAUUUCAAAUAUUUUUAAAGAUGAUAAAAAGUAUCCAUUAAUGAAGAAAUCAAUGGUCAAAAAAAAAAAGAAAAAGAAAAAAGUAAAUUCAAAGGUGACGACGGUCAGGAACAACGAUAGGUCAAACGGGACGGGGAUCGUGAUAAGACGUUGGCUCCGUUGCCGAUUUUGUUCAGCCAAGUUCAAGCUGGCCACCAGUCUGCGCGUACACAACAGCCUACACGAUGGCACCAUCAGCCAGGAGUCGCCGUUCCCUUGCCGCGAGUGCGGCAAAACGUUCAGGAAUAUAAGUUACCUGUACGCCCACUGCCGAAUUCACUGGGAUGAUCGACCACAUGUUUGCAGCGUUUGCGGCAGCGCUUUCCUGCACUUCUCCGACCUGACGGUGCACCGGCGCAAGCACACCGGCCACCGGCCGUACGAGUGCUCCGUGUGCGGCGACUCGUUCUCAAGCGCGGCCAACCGGAUGGUGCACAUGAGGAUUCACACCGGGCACCGGCCGUACGUGUGCCGCGAGUGCGGCCGUUCCUUCAACCAGUCGCACGUGCUCGUCGAACACGUUAGGGUGCACACGGGCCACAGGCCGUACGAGUGCGGCCUGUGCGAGUGGACGUUCGUGUCCAGCAGCAGUCUCCGGAAACACUCGUUACGGAAACACGUCAUCUAAUUGAGUACAAAUCGAAAUGUAAAACGAUUUUAUUGGAGACCAUUCAAAUGAACCGCUCGUUAAAUGUUGCCUAAGAACUUUAUCAAUUGUUAUUUUACGAACAUAGAAAAUAUUUCAUUUUCUAAAUUUAUUGUUUUUCGUUUUUGUUGUAUGUACAAUAAUUAAUGAUAAUAAUACACAUUAAUGCGACAUUAAAAUAUAGUUCCAAAGUGCCUACUACAA